AUGGAUGUAAGCAAUGAGGCCAAUGUUGAUCCUUUCAAAAUUGGACCUUCAUCGAUCAUUGGCCGGACAAUUGCUUUCAGAGUUCUGUUCUGUAAAUCAAUCUCACAUUUGAGGCAUACAAUCUUUCAUGUGUUGUUGAAUUACAUUCAUAGAUUUGGUGACUUUGUGGCGCCUAUGUUAUCAUGGUUUCAUCCAAGGAAUCCACAAGGGAUAUUGGCCAUGAUGACAAUAAUUGCAUUUUUAUUGAAAAGAUACACGAAUGUUAAAUUGAAGGCCGAAACAGCGUAUAGGAGGAAAUUUUGGAGGAAUAUGAUGAGAACUGCGUUGACAUUUGAGGAGUGGUCUCAUGCUGCUAAGAUGCUUGAUAAAGAGACCCCAAAGAUGCACGAAUGUAAUCUUUAUGAUGAAGAACUAGUCAGGAACAAGCUUCAAGAGCUCCGCCACCGUCGCCAGGAGGGAAGUCUUAGAGAUAUAAUCUUUUGUAUGAGAGCUGAUCUUGUAAGAAAUCUCGGUAAUAUGUGCAACCCCGAGCUUCACAAGGGUAGGCUUCAAGUGCCUAAGCUCAUAAAAGAAUAUAUUGAUGAGGUCUCAACUCAGUUAAGAAUGGUUUGUGACUCCGAUUCUGAGGAGCUUUCAUUGGAAGAAAAGCUUGCUUUCAUGCAUGAAACAAGACAUGCAUUCGGGAGAACAGCAUUGCUUCUGAGUGGAGGUGCUUCUCUUGGAGCCUUUCAUGUCGGUGUGGUUAAAACACUGGUGGAGCAUAAGCUUAUGCCCCGAAUAAUUGCUGGUUCUAGUGUGGGGUCAAUCAUGUGUUCAGUUGUUGCCACCAGAUCGUGGCCAGAGCUGCAGCGGUUUUUUGAGGAUUCCUGGCACUCUUUGCAGUUUUUUGACCAGUUGGGUGGGAUUUUCGCAGUUGUGAGGAGGGUCAUGAGACAAGGGGCUGUUCACGAAAUCCGGCAGUUGCAAUGGAUGUUAAGGCAUCUUACGAGUAAUCUUACAUUUCAAGAAGCUUAUGACAUGACAGGUCGAAUUCUUGGGAUCACAGUUUGCUCAUCUAGGAAGCAUGAGCCCCCUAGAUGCCUUAACUACCUGACUUCCCCUCAUGUUGUUAUAUGGAGUGCAGUCACUGCUUCUUGCGCCUUUCCGGGCCUCUUCGAAGCCCAGGAACUAAUGGCAAAGGACAGGAGUGGGGAAAUUGUGCCUUAUCACCCACCCUUUAAUCUGGAACCUGAGGAGGGAUCAGGUGCACCUACGCGUAGGUGGAGGGAUGGUAGCCUGGAGAUUGAUUUACCAAUGAUACAACUGAAGGAACUAUUCAAUGUCAAUCAUUUUAUAGUUAGUCAGGCGAAUCCUCACAUUGCUCCAUUGUUGAGACUGAAGGAUAUUGUGAGGGCGUAUGGGGGUAGCUUUGCUGCCAAGCUUGCUCAUCUUGCCGAGAUGGAGGUAAAACAUAGAUGCAAUCAGGUAUUGGGACUUGGUUUUCCGUUAGGUGGACUUGCCAGGCUUUUUGCUCAAGAAUGGGAGGGGGAUGUCACUGUUGUUAUGCCUGCCACACUCGCUCAGUACUCAAAAAUUAUACAAAACCCAACUCAUGUGGAGCUUCAAAAGGCAUCCAACCAAGGGAGAAGGUGCACAUGGGAGAAGCUUUCUGCUAUAAAAGCUAAUUCUGGCAUUGAGCUUGCUCUUGACGAGUGUGUUGCUAUUCUGAACCACAUGCGAAGACUCAAAAGGAGUGCUGAGAGAGCUGCUGCUGCUUCUCAUGGCCAGGCAAGCUCUGCGAGUGCAUUGAAAUUUAGUGCUUCGAAAAGAAUUCCUUCAUGGAAUUGCAUUGCUAGAGAGAACUCAACAGGCUCACUUGAAGAAGAUUUCCUUGUUGAUGUUGCUUCAAUGCUCCAUCAAGGAGUUGGUGUGGCUGGAGGAUCUUCUACUGGUAGGAAUUUGAGAACUCAACGUAACCUGCAUCAUGAUGGAAGUGAUAGUGAAUCUGAAAGUGUAGAGUUGAAUUCCUGGACAAGAUCUGGUGGGCCUUUGAUGAGGACUACUUCUGCAAAUAAGUUCAUUGACUUUGUCCAAAGCCUGGAUGUGGAUUCUGAGCUCCCCAAAGGUUUCAUGGCUCAUCCUAACUCUCCUGGGGCUCAGAUGGGAGGCAGGGAUCCAUAUAAUCAGAUCUCCAGAGUGACAACCCCAGAUAGAAAUUCAGAAAGUGAAUUUGAUCAGAGAGAUUUUAGCAAUAGAAUUUCUUCUGGUGGUUCUAGCAUUACAGUCACCGAAGGAGAUUUUUUGCAGCCUGAAAGGAUCCAUAAUGGGUUUGUGCUGAAUAUUGUAAAGAAAGAAGACUUGGCGCUCCCCAAUAGGAUCAACGAUGUGGAAAAUUACAGUAGUGAAGUUCCUGAAUGCGUUCAGCUUGAUUGUCUUGAAAAGGACAUGGAUGCUAGCUCAGCAUCAGACUAUGCUGCAGAUGAUGAAGACGAUGCCCCUGCAACAAAUUCCUUGCACAGAACAGCUUCACCUUCUAGUCACAUGGAUGAUGCCCCAUUUCAUGAUGUUCAGGAAAAGUAUGUUGUGGAUGGUUAA